UAAACAUAAUUUCUUAAUUACAGCAGUGACAGUGACAGCUGUAAGUUUGAGUGCUUCAUUUCAGAUAAUCCAAGAUGCAAGUUGCACUCCUUCAAAGAUCUGUAAGAAGUAGAAACUAAAUUGGGCUCAGACUUUUUCUUCACUAUAAAAUUAAGCAUUUACCACACUAUCUAGUCCUUCAAUAUAUUGAAUAGUGAAUUUUCACAGUUGUGUUGGAAUUAAUAAGGACAACGUGGUUUGAAAUUCUCAGAUCUGCUGAAAUAGUUGUGUGACUGGUAAACUGGAAGUAUUUCGUGCAUUCUGUAUUUCUCUUGCUGAAAGCUAAGGACUGUCAUUGACAGAUCCUGGGUAGGAGAAGAAAGGUUCAAGCUUCCUUCCUGUAUCAGAUGUUCAAUUACACUUUGAAUUAAGUAAUUCAUUUUAACUUGUUGCUCUCUGGCAAUACAAGAGCUCAUGAAUCUCCUUCAUCUCUUCAUGGUACACAGUUCAGAGGAAAUCAAUUCAUUUCAAAUUCAAUCAAGUUCAUUUUUAUAGGAAAAUUGAACUGUAGCAGCUAUGUUGCUGGUCUAGACAUUAUGCAGUUGUUCAUUUUCUCAAUUCAGAAAUAUUUACUUUCCAGAAACAAUCAGUAGCAUAACAGUAAAAACAAACACCUGCAUAACAGUGAAACCUUUCCCGCAUUAGCUUUGCUGUAUUGGCACUUAGUGAGUAUGCAGAAGAAUUCUCGCUCUGUAGCUUUCAUUUGCUUCCAAAAGCAUCAGUUUGUAAGCCCCACAUCACUCCUCAUUUAUUAAAGCUAUCCUUUCAUGUAAUCCUUUGGUAAGUAGAUGAAGCAGGUCACAUCUGUGCUCUUUAGAAUUGCAUAGAAAUAAAUUAUUCAAGUUAGCAAGUACCACUUUCCUGCUGAAACCUGGGAAACCAAAGCAGUUAUUGAUGAUGAUGCAGUUAAGCUAAAACCACCUCCAUUGUGCAGAUAUAUUUGAGAUACCUGCCUUUUUCCAGCUCUGUGGACAUAUUCCCUCCUUUGGUAAGGAGAUGAUGGAGCAGUGGGUGGAUGCAUUUUCUGAAGGCAAACACUGUUGUACAGUUUUCUAAAUACCAACUUGUAAGUCCUAUUUCUGCUGUAUUUUGUCUCAAGAUCAGUCCAUAUCACGAGUUACGAAUAAUAGCCACAAGAGUAACUGCAUGAGAAGGCUAUAGCAGUUGCAUUCCACCCAAGUGUUGCAGGAUAGGUUUACACUUAGGAGCUGUUACUGAGACAUAGCUGUAAACGUGAAUAAAGAUGAUGCCCCUGUGAUUAACAAUUUAUCUCAACUUUUUGACAACUUUGAAGCUAGUGUUAUUGACAACAGUGCAAGCUGCUCUUUGAUAGUCAGAAUUCUGAACAAAUAUAACAACUACACAGCUGGAGAAAAAUUUCCAUGGUUCUUCUGCUGUUGCUCAAGUUCUGGUUUGAAGUAACGAGACAGUGCUGCUCAAAUCUUGGUGAGAUUAACAAAAAAAAAGCUUUGCAUAUUGUACUAACUUUUAGCAGUCUAGUUUUGUCUGUUGAUGUGAUAAUAUCACAUGUCCUUUCUUGAAACUUACCUUGUUGUAUUUCUUUGAACAAAUCAAAAGAUGAACUGCAUGCAGACCUAAAAUGUAGUUUAUUUCUCUGACUCAUUAUUUCAGCUGCCCAGUGAGAAAACUGCAGGCUUUUUCAACACAGUUAAAAUUAAUGGACAAAUGUAGUUAAUUGGACACUUCUUCAGGGUGGCGUAGGUAUUACUGUGCUGGAGACUCUUCUCAACUGGAGUGCAUUAGUUUCUCCCAGUAGGAUGCAGCUGUUAUGUACGGAUGUGGCAUACUCCCUGUCAUAGUGCUUACCAGCUGAACAGCUGUCGCCCAGUCAAGUCCUGCUGCUUUGAGGAGUUUCUUUUGUUCAUGAGUGCAGUGUACUGUUAUUGCACACACUCCACGUUCCUUCACUCAUAAAAUCCCCUACAUUACUUUGCUGUACUGAGUUACUUACUGUGUUUUUGGACUGUUGUUUAGUUGAAAGGACCUCUCAUGGAAGCUUAAAAGUUUGAGGACUAUUGCUUGAUUACCUAAGGAGCUGAAUGCUUGAUGUUCCAGAGUGAGGACAGUCCUUUUUGUACUUUUCACUUCCUUUGGGUCCUGGGAGAGAGACUACAUUGUUUUACGUUGGCCAAAGACAAAGCAACUUUACCUCAACUAUCCUGAUAAUAUUUAAUAGUUAACGUAAGGUGACUUUCUGUUGAUCUCAUCAUAGGAAGGCAUUAAUAGAGACUUAUUAAAGUUGUUAUUUCCUGUUUCACUUGAGCACGCAAGAAGACAAGCAUUCACGUUGUUCUCUUAUAUGUUGGAUGCUGCUUGCCUGCCUUCAGGAGCAGGGAUUAGAGAUGCAAAGCAAGCUGGAGGCUUUGCGCACAGGUGCGAUGUCCACGGAGGAUGUUAAGACCCUCCUUCAGGCCCCGUCCUCCCAAAGCUAAGGCAGACGCGGCUCGCUGCCCACCACCCGUACACCCCGGACAGGCUUCUGCCGGCGGAGGCGGUUCCUCCUUGGCCGCCGCGGUGGCCGUUCGAGGCGCAAACGAUGGCAGCGGCGGCAGGCUCCAACCGCCGUGCCGGCGGCAUUCAAACUGCCCCCUCCCGACGCGCCCCGCGGGAGCGGCCCGCCCCCGGCCCUCCAUCGGCUGUGCUGAGCGAUGCAAUCUCUCUAUUGGCGAGACUUCCUUUCCGUCCCGCCCCCGUUCGCUGAUAGGUGCCGCCAGCCGGGGCUCGAGGCACGCGGGGUGCCGGCCGGGGCCCCCUGCGCCUCGCUGUGCCGCCAUGGUGCUGCUGCUGCACCUCCUGCGGCGCCUGCUGGAGUAUCUGGGCUGGCCGCCCGAGCAGGCCGCCUUCCUGGAAACCCGCGUGCUGGGCGGAAGCCGUGCGGUCGGAGCGCGCCUCUCCUCCGUGGUCCCGUCGGGAGGGAGCGUCCAACAGCUGUGUGCGGCGUUACGGAGGUACCAGGCCAAGGUCAUAUCUGUUUGCCAAAGAAAGGAAUAUGGAUCUACUCGAAGCGUUGUUCGUAGACUUGGGACAGUUCUUUCCUUAGAGCCCUACCCAAGACCUUAUUUUCAAUUUGUUCACCACCUGAGUCCAUUGGAUCAUGAUGAACAAAGCAUGGUUCCAACUCCUGUAGCUCCAUCACUUGCUGAUGUCCUAUGGGUAGCGCAUGAGGAAGGACAACCAUUUGCUAGAUUUAGGACUGAAUUAUGGAGAAAAGAAAAAAGUACAGCUUAUCGUUACUUACAUCCAUCUAUAGAUUCCAUACCAAGUAUUUCAAAAACCAGUACACGAAAAGACAGUCUUGUUGAUCAAGCAGCACUCCAGAAAAUUUCUGCACUCGAAGAAGAGCUAACUUUUCUUCGUACUCAGAUCGCCGCAGUUGUUGCAGCACAGACACUGGGAAGCAUACCAUCACAACCCUUUAGAACAUUCAGCAUUCCAGAUGGAUCUUACCCAGUGCCAACCAUGACUUCUACGCCAUUGUCUGUCUCUCACAAUCACUUUGCAAUUCCUUCUCCUCCCCCACUUCCUUCUGCUGCACCAUCUGGUGUUGAUGCUAGUAAUUCAGCAAUUGAACUUAUAAAACAGCGUCGUGCUGCAAGAAACAGUGCUUCAACUACGGGUGAUAGUGCUGAUCCCCAGAGGAUGAAGAACAUUCCUAGCAUGAUGGAUGUUUUGAAAGAUCUAAACAAAGUUCAGUUGCGUGCUAUUGAAAGGUCACCUGGAGGUACUCCUGUGUCUAAACCAAAAAAAAGGAGAAGCUCAGAUUGGGAUCCAGUUGCUCUACUAACUCAUGCACUAAAACAGAAAUUUGCACAUAAGUAUGAAGAUGAGGAUGAUUCACUGGACAAAGAAAACAGAUCUUUCGAUAGCUCCCCAUUUUCCAGUCCAGAAAUCCCAGUGAUUGGACGUUGCAGCCUGAAGACAAGUGCAAAUUCUAGCCUUGUAAGAACUGACAAAGUUAAGCAAGUAUCAGUGUGGAAAGUGAGACCUCAUAUUUAACUGAUGGAGGGAGACUUCUGCUGAAACUUGGUACUGUGUGUAAGUGGCAGUGCUGCUUUGUGAAACGGCUGUAAUGUGUUCUAGAACGUCUCUGUCUUAUGCUGUUGAAGUUUGGAUUGUAGGCAUGUGAAAUUGCCUCUUAGUUUCCCAGCAGCUGAACUUGUGAAUCUGAUGCUUUAUGAGAAGCACACAACCAAAAAAAGUAUCUUGUUAUUGGGGGACGUUGUGUCUUAAAUCUGGGAAAUAAAGGAAAUAAAUGUGUGAAAGAAAUGUAAUUAUUGGUGUGGCAGCUGUGGUGUGUGCUGUCUCUGUACCUGAGUGUAAAUAAUGAAACAGUGUAAACUUUUGAUUGGAGUGUAUUAUAUAUAGCUGAUUCUAUACAGCUGAUGGUAGCUAACACUGUAGUAUGGUUUCCUCUGGUUUUCUUUGCAGUUUGGUUAAUACAACUCCAUAUUUCAUAUGCAAAUAAUAUUUCAGUUUAUUUUGCAUCUGUGGAGAAACUUUUAUUUGUGAAGCUUUGUCUUAUUCUAAGUACACUGCAGGCUGCCUGUUAGAUGCUUGUAAUAUGAGGGAGUUGUCUUCACAAAAAAAAAGGACUUUUUUAGAGGGAUAUGCUAAUGUGUAGUCUAACUUCUGUGUAUAAAUAAACCCUGUGUUAUUUCUGUUACUGGCUUCUCUGUAUGAAGUCUUUGUUCAGAGUGCAUACAAUAAAAUUUCCUUUGUAUCGUG